AUGAUCAUGCGCGAGAAGGAGUUUGAGCGCCGGCUGGAGGCAUUCAAUGCCCAGUGGAACAAGCUGCAGCCCGUGGUAGACGGCCUCAAGAAGGACGCAGCGUUCCUGAAGCAGACCGCCGAGUCGCAUGACGCUUCCAUUCACGGGGUCCAGAGGGGCCAGCAGAAUCUCACGGAGUGCGUCGAUAGCCUCCACGCCGCCCAUGCGAAGAUGAGCGUGGAGCUGGACGCCGCGCAGCGUGCCCUGAAGCAGACCAGCCAGGCCGUGGCGGUGACCCAGGACAACCUCGGCCAGAACGCCAGCUUCGCCAACAACCUCCACAGCAGGAUCGACAGGGCGGCCGCCGAGCUCAGCAGCACAACGGGGCAGCUGAGGGCGCUCGAGGGAAAGCACGAGGCGCUCUCCGAUGUCGUGGACAAGGCGGUCGAGAAGCAGGGCCAGCUGGUGUCGGAAAGCCGCAAGGAAGCUCAAGAGGUCGCGCGCGUGCAGCGGUGUCUGGAUACGACCAAUGACAGCAUGGCCUCCAUGGCCAAGCAGCUGGAGGUAAUGAACAGGGGCCUGAACGGUUUCAAGGGCGAGCUAGGCUUCGCGACGGACCGCGUGACCAAGACGGAGCACUCUGUGAAGGAGCUGUACGGCGCCUGGCACGGCCUCCAGAAGGGCUUCGUGGACAGCGGGCAGGACAUGGGUCCCUCCUUGGCGUCCAAGAGGACCGGACGGCUCCCGAAGGUUGGCUCGCCCUCGGCGGGCAGCACCAUGGCCGGCACCCCGCGCACGCGCGACCGCCUCGCGUUCUUCCCGGGAGGCGACGGCACCACCUCGCAGGAGGCAUGGGGGGCAAGCCCGAUGUCGAGCAGGGCGGUGACAAAGGACUCCUGUUGA